GCCAUCCCUGAACUGGUCCCUCGUCCCCGUGACUGUGGCAUCAGGGAAGCGAACUGUUAGGCGAGAGGAGGAGGCAGUCAGAACCUUAUCCCGUUCUCCCCCCGGGGCUGGGGCCGGGCCGGGCCAGGCCGGCUGAGCCGGGGGAGGGCCGGGGGAGGGAGCGCCCGGCCGGGCUGGCCUGUCUGCCGAGAUGGAUGACAGUAAGGUGGUUGGAGGUAAAGUGAAGAAGCCUGGCAAACGUGGUCGAAAGCCAGCCAAAAUUGACUUGAAGGCAAAACUUGAGAGGAGCCGGCAGAGUGCAAGAGAAUGCCGGGCCAGAAAAAAACUGAGAUAUCAGUAUUUGGAAGAGUUGGUAUCCAGUCGGGAAAGAGCCAUUUGUGCCCUCAGAGAGGAACUGGAAAUGUACAAGCAGUGGUGCAUGGCAAUGGACCAAGGGAAAAUCCCUUCUGAAAUAAAGGCCCUACUCACUGGAGAGGAGCAGAACAAAUCUCAGCAGAACUCAAGCAGGCACAUGAAAGCUGGGAAGACAGACGCUAACAGCAACUCCUGGUGAAGAACAUAUAAAAUGAUGAGUCAGUGAUUGAAGCCAAUAUUCUGAUUCUUAUGGAGGAUGAAUAGGCAAGAUUGUACUUCUUGGCUCCAUUUACUACCUGCUGCUCAGUCAUCUCUGUAAAUUUGCAAUUUCUACCAAAAUAUGUGAUCAUAGAUCUCAAAGGAUUUUGCUUUAGUUUUCAACACUUAGAAAAUUUACAAGCAUUCAGACCUGUUCUGGUUGGUAUUGCCACCCAUAGCAUUUAACAUGUUGCAAUGCUUGAAAGUACAGUAGAGAGAAUGAGUGAAGAUUAUAUUUUUUGCACCUCAACUCCACAUUGCUUUAUUGGUUAAUUUAUAUUCUUUCCAUGUAAUUCAUGUAAUUGUGUGUGUAUGUGUGUUUAGGUGUCACUUCCUUUCAUGUUUUUGAUUGCCCUACAAAGAGAAACCAAAUGGGCUGAUUACUGACUAUAAGUUCUCAGCCUUUAUGGACCUAAUCUUAUUUCUUUAUAUUUACUUGAGUAAUGUUUAUUUUCUCCAUGAACCAUUUCUCCUGUGAGCCAUUCCAGCAUAAGCUGUGAGUAUGUAUUAACAAAUAUAUACAUUUCUAUUUUUAUAAUCCGUAAUGAUAUGCCCGUUUUAAAUAAUGUACACAUUAACAAAAUCCAUCAAGAAAGCCCUUAAGAUAGCCUCUAUUUAAAACUUUUGUUGCCGUCUUUUCUAACUGUAUUUAUACAGGUUUGCUAGGGCCUAAUUUGUACUUGGAGAAUAAUUAGUCAAACUUUAUUUUUAAAUAAGAAGUAACCUGUUAGGCAUUUCAGUAACAUACAUCGUCUUGACAACCCAUACAGUGUGUUUCUAUUGUAUGUCUAUAUAUGUAUAUGGGGAGGGCAGGAGUGAAUGUUCACACACAUUUCGUUGUGUAACCACCUAAUUUGGAGAAUUUUUCUAAAGAAAAUAGGAUGGAAUUAGCUGCUGAGAUGGAGUUUCUGCCUCAAGAGAUCUGGAACGAAAUGAGGGACACAUUGCUGGUGGAUCUAAUGGCGGUAGCCAUAACCAGAACACUUAGUUUCUUCCCUGAUUUGAGUUUCCUUAUGAAUGUAUUCUGAGCCAGAGAGAAACACACUGUGGG